GAGACUGCUGCAUCAGAUGUUUUCCCAGUACAACCGUUUCGGGCCUCUAGCUUUCACCCAAACGUUCCGAUAGAAGCCGAAGCACCCUUGGCGUGCUGCGCCUUAAGUCUAUACCGAUACCCCCAUUGUGGAGACUUCCAAAAGAUGACAGCCCUUGCCAGCAAAGGGCUCAGUCUUUCGGAACGAUUGUUAAAUAGUCACAACACAUCGAACCCCGGUCAAUUCUCAGAGUCGAUGCAUAGGGCAUGGUGGAUGAGUUAUCUCUGCCGAUGCAACGCCUCGAUUGUGAGCUGUACGCCAUUUGACGAGCCUAUCGAUAGUAGCAGUUCCAAGGCGCCGUACCCUUCCAGUGGAGAGGCGCCAGAGGUAUGGGCACAAUACAUCCGAGCCGAAGAAGCCCUUGUUGCAGCCACUUUGAUGCUUGCGGCAUUACUCAAAGGGUUCAACUCCGAGACUACCGCGUCGUCUUUUAACCGGAACAUUGGAGCUCUUGACGCUGUCAUCACACAUCAGUUGAACCAAUCCAACUUGGGCCAACCUCGGGCGCCGGUGGAUAACCCCGAGUCCAAACUUGCCAUUUGCCUCCACAUCACAACUCGGGCUAGGCUGAUGAGCGCACGUAUCAAGCUGCACAGGUAUCGUGCCUUUAUGGACCAUCCCCAGAUACUAAGAAGAUUCGAAUCAAUACCCCCUUUGGAUACUUCAAUUGGCCUGGCACAAGGGCAAGUCAUGCAUGGCAACAGUGGUAUAUCUCAAAAGGCUAGCCUGGUGUUUCCAUUCUCAAGCAAUCAUUCGCACGAGAUUUGUCUUGAAUCUGCCACAGGCAUUGCUACAGAACUCGAAACCCUUGCAGGCAUGGGGGUUCGCACAACACCGGUGGCAUGUUCGGCCAACUUGGCUGGCUUUACCCUGAUGAUGAUAUCGCAUUUCCAGACCUCGGCGAACGCACCGGAUCAUUCCAUGCCGUCUUCAGCGAUACUCGACGUACACAACAAGUGCAAGACACAGGUGAAGAUAGCGGUCAAUGCACUGAACAGAUUUUCGAACGCAUUCAGUUUCGUAAAGGCCCUCAAAGGUCAGCUUGUGACUGCAGCAGUAGCAUGCGAUCUUUAUGACACAGAUUUAAGCAACUAGAAAAGACAUUGAGCAUCUCAAGGUCAAUCAGAAUUGCAGACAUGAAUGGUUUGUGAUUCUGUGGGGUUCUAUCAAGUCCCCUCACUCAGGGUUUACCGCACCACAAGUCACACCAUUGCAAGUCGCGGGGAAUCCGAUUCAAGGCAG